AUGAAAUCUCGCGUCAACCAUACCGACAGUACGUCGAUCAAAUCGAUCAGCUCUGAGGAUGUCAGCACUCAGCAGCACUACCACGGCAACAUGUGCUGCAGCGCAGAGGCGAAAAAUCCCGCCUUCAAACGUGGCCGCCAGCUGCAGCAGAUGCAGAUGAUCAUACUUCCCUUCAUUCCCAUAUUGGCGUUGAUUGUUCAGACUUCGUACGAGAUGAUCGAGAUUGUAAGCUACCGCAUGGAAGUGACGGAGAUCGAAAACCAAGUCACAAUGGCAACGGACCUGGGAAAAGUGGUCACGCGUCUGCAACAGGAGCGCUCCGAUGUAGCUUUCUACAUUUACACGAAUGGCAUCACUCUUAGGAGAAAUUUGAACGACACGUUUCUGGAGACCGAUCUUGCUUUAGACAACAUGUCCUCUUGGCCGGACAUUUCUAUACGCACCGUUCAGCCCAACAAUGGCGAAGUAACGUGGCUCAACAUGAGCGAGUUUCGCGAAACGCUGCAAGAAUUUCGAGCAAACAUCAGUUCCGAGGAUAGCACCGUACCGCAGAUAUUGCGCUGGUACACAACAGCUAACGCGGCCUUGCUCGAACAUCUCACCAACCAAAUUAAAGAUGCAAAUAAGAGUGGUGUAUGGCGGUUUCUGCUCAGUUUCAAGAACUUGCUACGAAGUAUCGAAAGCCUUGACAUAUCGUCCGUGUACGGCAUUAAUUACUAUGGACGCGGCUAUCUGUCACCCGACUCAUACAUCAAGUACGUUCAGCAUGACAUUCUUGGCCGGGACCUGUUGAAUGGCUCAUUGCACUUCGUGCCGUCGCUGAAGGUAAUCUAUAAAAACAUUACACUCACAAUGCGUAGCUAUGGCAACAUCACGCAGUGGAGUAAAACUAUCCAGAAAAAUCUGCGUCGUAAGGGAAAUGUAGGAGAUGCGCGCUCCUACUACGAAUCCAUGGCCUACUACAUCGACGAGCUCAGAAAGCUUCAGAGAGCGCUCCGUUCGAUUAUUCGGAAUGAAGUACAAAAAGUGCUUCAAUCGGCGGACAACAUGGAAACGUUCGGCAUAGCCAUCUUGGUGGUUGUUCUGAUCGUGUCCCCAAUCAUCAUUAUACUGGUUCGGAAUGCGGCUGCCACCAUCCAACUGUACGCCAUUAAUUUGGCUCACAAGGCAAAGGAAUUGAAACGCGAGAAACGCAAAUCCGACUCUCUGCUGUUCCAGAUGCUGCCACCGACGGUGGCCACUCAGCUAAAGCAAGCCCAAACGGUCCCUGCGGAGUACUACUCGGCAGUGACGAUAUUUUUCAGCGACAUCGUCGGCUUUACCGAAAUUGCUGCGGAAUGCACACCACUCGAGGUGGUCUCGUUCCUGAAUGCCAUCUAUCGGAUGUUCGAUGAGCGUAUCGAGUGCUACGAUGUAUACAAAAUUGAAACGAUCGGCGACUCAUACAUGGUGGCGUCCGGAUUGCCAGUUAAAAACGGUGGCAACAAACACGUUGCGGAAAUUGCAACUAUGGCCCUAGAUCUGUUGGAUGCCUCCGGCUAUUUUAGCAUCCCACACAAAGCUAAUGAACCCGUGCAAAUACGUUGUGGCAUACAUACUGGGCCAGUCGUCGCCGGCAUCGUUGGUACAAAAAUGCCGAGAUACUGUCUGUUCGGUGAUACGGUGAACACUGCCUCCCGAAUGGAAUCAACUGGUGAGGCACUAAAGAUUCACAUUUCCGCUGAAAUGAACGAAGCCCUGGUCAAAGUGGGAGGAUUCAAAACAGAACACCGAGGAUUGAUCGAUGUGAAGGGUAAAGGAUUGAUGGACACCUACUGGUUGACGUGCAAGGAAGGCGCAACCCCCAACAAUAGUCACGAUGAGGUGGCGUGGUUUGCCGACAUGAAGCCGGUGUAUUUAAAAAUAGUUUAAUAAAGCGUAGCCCACGGGAAAACGGUUGUGCUGCAAAGGUAGACCAAUUCAGGAUGAUUGUGUCUCGAAAGACCAGCGUAGGGAUGCUCGAAGCGAUGCCCGCGUUUUUCUGUAUUUUUUCCUCCCAUAUAAGAAUAGCUAUGGAAUAAUCUAUUACUACAGCGCAUUAAGCUAAUGAUUUUAUCUGACUCGUAACCGUGAGGCAUAAAUGAUAUCUUAAAAAUUACAUUCGUGUUGCUUCAGCAUGAUUCGUUGGAAAAAAAAUCAAAAAAAAAAAAAAGAAAACUUAUUGUAACGCGCUGUCUACCACUAUAACAAAAUGUACAAUACCAAUUCAUUGCUAUUCCUAUGCACAUUAUUAAUCAUCCAGUUAGUAAAACGUAAUGUUAAAUGUGUGAUUGCGUAACGAUACAAACAAACAAAUGCCAAAUACAGUCAAGAAAAAGCCAUCAUAGAUGCUUAUCAUUAUCGCAUGACGAUGAAAAGCUCGCACCGAAACGAAACAACCCGUCGUGCGAUG